GGCCUAUUGAAUUGCAAGCUCUCCCCUUUACUCAUAUUUUGCGAUGUACGCCGCAACAAAAGAUCAGAUAAUGGCAGAGGCCGAGGCGAGGGAAGAAGACGCUCUUACUUUAACGAAGAAACUUCGUGAUUUCUCCGUAAAGUACGUCAAGAUUUCUGAGGAAGACAUGACUCUCGUCAGAAAGUUGGUCAAAGAAUAUAUUGAAGACAAGAUCAUAAUGUAUUGUCGGGAGAAUUCUAAGAUUCAGAUACUAAAACUGGAGUACACUGGCAGUUUUUACGAGAGGCUGAAGACUGAAGCCGCUGAUGAAGUAGAUAUCAUGAUAGUAUUUAGAACGCAAACAGCAGAAAUCACGGUAAUAGAAUCCGAUGUGCCCGGGUAUGUCCUUCUCAUGGCAAAAGAAAGCUCAGUGGUACGUAAAUAUGCGUGGGAUAAUGGAUUUAUUAGCCCCAAACGCAUCCGAGAUCUUUGGUUCGGUCUCGUUCAGCGAGCAGUGAAUUAUAUUCACGCUAAACCACCAUAUUCUGAAGUUCCUGUGGUUUUGCGUAACCACGGACCAGCUGUGCUGUUAGACAUUAAAAAAAUUUUAUCAGUUGAUCUCGUCCCUUGCUUCCAAGUGGAAGGUAAAUAUUAUGUGCCCAAGCCUCUGAAAGGGAAACGAUUUGUGUCGGAACCAAAGCUUCUUUUUUGGAGGCAGUCGUUUUCGGUAGAGGAGAAGCAAGUUUUACAGUUGAUGGACAGGGGAGACCAUGGCUGCAGGCACGAGCUUCUCCGAAUCGUGAAGACCGUGAUGAAAAGACCGGAGACAUCUUUACCAAUGGAUUCCUUUUACUUGAAAAACGCCUUUAUGCACUACAUUUACGGAGGAGGCAAAGAUUGGGCGAGCGGAGACGCGUUAGGAAAGCAUUUCCUUAACUUCCUAGAGACAUUACGGAUUCAUAUGGAAAGGAGAAGUCUUCCCCACUAUUUCCUACCUGAUGCAAACCUUCUGGAUGAUUUUAAGGAAGAAGUUGUCAAGCAGAUGGAAAAUCGUUUGAGAAGGAUUCUGGAAAGCGAAAAAAGGUUAAACAAAAUUCUUGAAUAGCUUCGACCACCCUGCCUUUUUCGCGUUGUCAGCGAUAUGUACCAUUUUACCGAACUCGAGCUGCACAUUUUUUUGGUAAGGGGCUAGUUAUAAACCCCCCAAAAAAUCGUUUUUGGCAGAGAUUUGGUUUGUGGCUGACUUACCAAAUCGUUUUUAUCUUUAAGUAGAUGUCUUGUAACACAUGCAGGUUUAACACUCCAAUCUAUAGUCAUGUGGACGAUGAAAGUUCAAAUAUGGUUGACAAAAUAUAUAAAGAAGGAGGGUAAGUUUCCAAAGUAACAGUGGUUGUUUCGUCGGUGGGAGAGUGUAACAUAGUAAUUUGGUCAACUGAGUUGGUAAAUUGGCCAAUUUACGUUAUCAGCUCAGUUGAUAAUACUAAACUAUAUGUUGACGAACAAACAUGGCGGACCAGAAACAUUUGUUAACGUUGUGAAAUCUUCCCUGGUAGUAAACCAUGAUUUCAUAAUGGUAAUUAGUGAAAUGUCCCACAGACAUACGAGCCACUCUGAUUUCUGGUACAGAAAUUUCAUCGAGUUUGAAUCCCUCAAUUUAUUUCUGAGUCAGAGUCAAAAAAUAUACACAACCCAGGUGAUGUGAACACAAUACUGGAAGUGUAUAGCAUGUUCCCUUUUUCAUCUUUUGCAAAAAAAUGGCUGUUUUACUUUUACUUCAAUGACUUGCCAUCUUCUACCAACCAGAUCCGCAACUAAAAACUGUCACAACAAAGUCCUUCAGAAAUCGGGCGACUAAGAUUGCGGUUAUAUCACAUAUGAUUACAAAAGAAACAAAAAAAAACAAACAAAAAACAAAAAUCAAAUUCUUUUACAAAUAACACUUUCUACCACCUAUCCUGAUACGGUAACUUAAAAUGUCCAAGCCGAAUCAUGAUUUGUUGCAACAGAAAAGAUGCUCGCAAACUUGAAGUAAAUUUACUCAGACAUAUCAAUCAGUUCAACCUUUUUUUCCCUUCAUUUUUUUUUCUUUAUUGAUUUCUCUCUUUUUUUUCAUUAUUCUUAUUGAAGCUUUAGCCGUGAGUUAGCUUUCCAGGUCAUUCAUAAGUUUGAUAAUUAAAGCUGAAAAUCCGUGGCGUUGGA